AUGUCCAAGAAAACCAUGCAGAGAUCUCAUAUAUUUAACAGUUUCUCCCUUCUCCAGGUGGUGGUGAAAACUCGCACGGAGUACCAGACAGAGAAGAAGAGGCUGAAGGUUCCCAAGGUGGAGGAGUUCACCAUCAGCUUUACUGACGGGGUGUCUGAGAGACUUAAGGUGACGAUUCUGAUCAUCCUGGCCCUGGCCUUCCUCGCCUGCAUCGUGUUCCUGGUGGUUUAUAAAGCCUUCACUUAUGACCAUGCCUGCCCAGAUGGAUUCAUUUAUAAGCACAAGCGGUGUAUCCCAGCCUCUCUGGAGGCCUACUACGCUGCCCAGGAUGCCAACUCGAGGGGCCGUUUCUACACAGUGAUUAGCCACUACAGCAUGGCCAAGCAGACCACCUCGCACUCUGUCUCCCCCUGGCUGCCUGGAGGGGCGAGUGGGCAACAGCAUGACACGAAACCCCCGAGUAGCGAGGGCCACUGAGUUAGCUGAGUUGAAGGGUGUUGUAAACAUAUACAGACACAUGCA